UUAGGGGGUCUGAGGUCUUCUGUCGGCGUUCAGUAGGUGUUCUCACCAGUUAGAUAUUGAAGUUGAUAAGAAAAGAUGGAGACAUGUAUUUAGAAAGGAAUCGAUCAGCUGUUUGCUCUUCUCUGAGGCAGUAAAAUUGUAUCUCAUGGCUUAUGUUUUCCUCAGCUGGUAUCAAAAGCAUAACAGCCUCCCUGCUAGGAAAAAGGGACUGUUACGAAGAACUGCAUCUGUUUGUUGAAGAUAAAUGAUCAGCAUCUUUGGGUUCAUAGACCCUUUGGUAACUUAAAGGGAGGCCUUGGAAUGAUUGCGCUCUCUCCUUCUCUCCUCCCUCCCCGAAGAAAUAGGCUAUUUAAAUAUUCUUUGUAGUGGGUGUGGUGGGGUAGGAAGCAUUCUUUGUAGAUUUGGGACAGAUUUUAUCAUUUGUUUCUCCCUCUGUUUGCCUUCUUGGAAUUGCUUUAUGGGGAACAUUUCUUGGACAUUUGUCAUAUCUAAAGUACUGUGGUACUUCAUUUGCAAAAUUAGUAGGAAUGAAAUUCAACGUAAUCGGUUUCAUUACUUGUUCGAAAUUUGGUUUAAGAUCAGUGAGGGAGGAAGUUUAAUUUUAUGAGUAAAACGAAUCAUCUGUUGCAGUUUGCCUUAGAGUCACCACCCAUCUCUUCUGCUUCUUCCUCUUCAAAGAAACUUGCUGCCAAAGUGCACACUUCUGUAGCCUUCAGACAUUCAUUAAAGCAAGGAAGCAGGUUAAUGGAGAACUUCUUGAUUAGAGAAGCUGGUGGUUCUGUGUCAGAGUUGUUGAUAAAAGAGAAUGAAAGCAAAUUCAGCCCUCAAAAAGAGCUGAGCUCUUCUGCAAAGACCAGAGGGACGCCUUCCAUAGAAAAGUCAGCUCCAGGUUUCUCAGAGGCUAGUGUUCCUGAGACACCCUCUACAUCGGCCUUGAAAGAAGUUACUAAAGUGGAUUGUCCUGUUUGUGGGGUUCAUAUUCCAGAAAAUCACAUUAAUAAGCACUUAGACAGCUGUUUAUCACGUGAAGAGAAGAAAGAAAGCCUCAGAAGCUCUGUUCACAAGAGGAAGCCACUGCCCAAAACUGUAUAUAACUUGCUCUCAGAUAGAGAUUUAAAGAAAAAGCUAAAACAGCAUGGAUUAUCUGUUCAAGGAAAUAAACAACAGCUCAUUAAAAGGCACCAAGAAUUUGUACACAUGUACAAUGCCCAGUGUGAUGCUUUGCAUCCUAAAUCAGCUGCUGAAAUAGUUCAAGAAAUUGAAAAUAUGGAGAAGACUAGGAUGCGUCUUGAAGCUAGUAAACUCAACGAAAGCAUAAUGGUUUUUACAAAGGACCAAACAGAAAAGGAAAUAGAUGAAAUUCACAGUAACUAUCGUAUAAAACAUCAGAAUGAAUUUCAGCGUCUGGUGGAUCAAGCCAAAAAAGGAUAUAAGAAAACUGUUGGAAUGUCAAAAAAAAAAGUAACAGAAGAAGAAGAUGAAUCUACAGAAAAGCUAUUAUCUGUAUGCGUGGGACAGGAAGAUAAUAAAAUGAAAUUUUCAGAUAUGCCCUCGGUAACAAACCACGUCCCUCAGUCAAAGCUGGACUCCCCAGGGAAACUAGAGCCUGACAGACCAGAUGAUUCUUCCAUUUGUACUGAUAUUCAAGAGGAAGCUCCUUCUUCACCAGAGUCAGAUUCAUGCAAUAGUUCCAGUUCAGACAUCAUAAGAGAUCUUCUAGAAGAAGAGGAAGCCUGGGAAGCAUCACAUAAUGGACGACCCCUGAACUGUCUCUGUUGGCCCCUCUGUGCCACGGCCUGUGCAGGCCCUUCGCUCUUCUCGCUGGCUUCCUACCACAGCCAUCCAGCUGCCUCUGUGCCUCUAGUCGGUAUGAUCUUCAAGACACAGAAAUAAGUCCCAGACAGAAUCGUCGCACGAGGUCAGCUGAAAGUGCUGAGCUCGAGCCAAGAAAUAAGCGGAACAGGAAUUAGUGUGGGUUUGUUCACUUUCCCAGUGCAGUCAUCAGAAGAUGG